CUCCGCGCGAGGCAUUCUGGGACGGUAAUGGAGGGCGCGUGAUUUUGAACCAUUCUUGAUGCUUGUGAUGUGGUCGUGUAUACUUAAGUUUUACGAAAGUGUGUACGUAGUUUCAAGCCGAGCACGUGUGUCUUCGCUCCGUCUUCACAUAAAGGUCGCGUGUGUCAACAAUAGUGAACCGAGAACAGCAGAAUCGUUGCUCUGUCUGGCACGAUUUCGGACCUGGACCAUUAACAUAGUGAAAUAACCUUACUUCGAGUUGGAUUCGGGGUGAUUUUGUCGGAAUUUCCUCUUUUGGCUGCCGGGCGAACGUUUUGGACACUUGUUCGAUUGCUGGAGUGCAUUUCCUUUCACCGGUCCGUGAAACUUUGGUGUUGUGUGCUCUUCACAUUUUCAAAUUUCCGUGCCGUGGUGGCAAAAAUGGCGCGUCAUUUGAGCAUAAACCUUCACUAGCUGCACCACAGAAUGGCGCGCCUGUUUUGAGUGGUUUCUCCUGGAAUGUCGCUCUCUUGGGAUGUUGAUGAGCUCUGAGAUGCGCCUGGACCGUUUUCUGCUUCACCAAUUCUGAGACACCUCUUGCACCAUGCUUGCCAAGGGAAAUGCCCGCAGUGGCUCUCGAGCCAUGGUGGAAACCAUAGCUGUCACAGACGGUGAGCUGACAGCUCUGUCUGCUUUGUCUGGCCAGCAGCUGUUGACUGUUGAUGGUGAAGUGUUGAGUCAGUCAGAUUUAUCUACAGCUGUUGAAGAUGCAGUGUGCGUAACUGUGCCCAGUGAAGAGGCAAUGGAGAUUGAUGGUGAAGAGCUUGUUGAAUCAAGUGAAGUAGUUGAAUCGACUAUCAUGCACGAUUUGGGCACUACAGCAUCAUCACCUGUUGUAGUUUCAAGCAAUAAUCUUAUACGUGGCACUCCUAUAUUAGUGAGUGCCACUGGCCAGUCAUCUCCCUCCACAUCCUAUGUUGUCAUCCAGUCAUCUCCAGGAAAUCGGGUUUUAACUACUAACACAGCAGCCAUUGGCAAGAAAGGGGGACAAAUUCCUCAAAUUAUUGGCAGAGUUAGCACUGCUGGUGCAAACUCUCAAUUUCAGACGGUUGUAAGAACAAUCCCCACCUCUGGACCUCCGCCACUGGUGACCCGAGGAGCAAAUCUCAGUGUUGCUGGAAUUCGUCCUUUAAACCCCCAAGCAGCAAACCAGAGAGGGCAAAUUGUCACAAAGGUCUUAUUGCCUCGCUCUGGUGGCUCUCAGCAAGUUGUGACAUUGCCCAUGCAAGAUGGGAAAAUUCUUGAUCAGCAGCGAUUUGUUGUUGGUGGACCUCAGGUCAGAGUUUUAAGCGGAGGAAUGAAAAUAGCCACCAUUCCAAGUGUAUCAUCUGAAGCAAGAAUAAUAAAAAGUGAGGUGGACAAGCCUGCCACCAUUCAAACAGCUACUAAUGUGGUUGCCAGCAGCCCCCAAAAUCGACCUAUUAAGGUAAUCCAAGCACGCCCUAUGGGGGUUUUGACUCCAAAUAAGAUCCAACAGAUCUUGCCAUCAUCACCAGGAGGAAAGGGCCUCAUUGUCAAUAAAGUGCUACCAGGAACAGGGACUAGAGUGACACUUGUGCCUCAAGGAGCAAAAUCACCAGCAAAAAUUCUUCCUGCUCCAACAUCCCAACAAGGAAACCAGGCUUCUAGUCCUCAGAAAGUUAUUAUUAGACAGGCUCCCAUAAAACCUGGUUCCGGUACACCUGGUCUGAGAAUACCCACCUCCAGCCAGCCAGCACUGGCCAAUGCAUCAGGCAUACAGACUGUUCAAGUUGCUGGGCGGCAGAUGCAGUAUGUUCGACUUGUGAGUAUUGCAUCCUCAUCUGAUUCAACGGCCACUAUUACAAAUACUGCAGUUUCCAAAGGCAACACAGUAUUGACCCUUGCCUCAGGCUCUGGUACCCAGCAGCCAAGCAGCAUCAAGAUGAUUCCUGUUGGUUCGAGCACUCCCAAAACAGUCUUUGCAAAGAGCCUUACUGGUCAAAAGAUAAUGAUACCAGCUUCAUUGGCUAUGACUCAAAUAAAAACCUCAGUGCCCAGUAGUGUGAUGUCAAUUGUAAAUUCUACCGUCACCAACACUACUGCCAGCACUAGCAACAUUGUGAUGAUUCCAUCUACGGCAGUUAACCAAGGAAAAAUGAGUGGAAAAGGAGAAGAUAUUGAUAUGAAGCCUAUACUGCUGUCAAUGGAUGACUCUAGCAUUGAAGAUGCUGAUAUAUUGUGUCAACCGAUCAAAUUACCACCUCCACCUCCAUCUGAGGGUACUCCAGCUCCAAGUACAAAACAAGCAAAAGCUGCUGUUCCAGAGCCCAAUGGAAUAAAACCUAGGAAACCCUGCAACUGUACCAAGUCACAAUGCCUAAAGCUGUAUUGUGACUGCUUUGCUAAUGGCGAGUUCUGCUAUCAGUGCAACUGUAAUUGCUGUUCCAAUAAUUUGGAGCAUGAAGAAGACAGACAGAGGGCAAUUCGGUCUUGUCUGGAGAGAAAUCCUAAUGCUUUCAGACCGAAAAUUGGUAAAGGAAUGGUUGGUGAUGGAAGACGGCAUACCAAAGGAUGUAAUUGCAAACGCUCUGGAUGUCUCAAAAACUACUGUGAAUGUUAUGAGGCAAAAAUUGCUUGCUCCAAUAACUGCAAAUGUGUAGGGUGUAGAAAUAUAGAAGAUGACAUUGAUCGUCGCAGUUUGCGAGAAUUAAUAGAGGUUGCUGAACUAGAAAGUCCUAUUUUAACACCAGCAGGACUAAAAAAGAAAGUUAACACCCAAGUUAUAGAUAUGCCAACAAUAAAACAAGAAGAUUUCCAAAGAAAAGGAAACAGACGUUCGGACAGUAUAAUGUCAGACCAUGUUGUCAGCGCCACGUGUCAAUGUUUAAUGGCACAAGCUGAACAAGCUGAAAGUUUGAAAUUAGAUGAUGCUGAAGCAGAGAAGCUAAUUAUUGAAGAAUUUGGACGUUGCCUUGUGGAGAUUAUCUCAUGUGUUUCUAAUAGGACAGAAGACACUUCAUCGUCUAUAAGUGAGCCAUGUGAAAGUGUGUAAAUUUGUUUGUUGCUUCCUUCAAGAUUUUACUAUGGUCGUCUGAUCAGCAUGUCUGCCUGAAAAGUUUUACUAUGAUUACCAGUUUAUCUCUAAAUCAAUUCUCUGUUGUUAGUGCUGGCUCUUGUGAUUUGUUGAAUCUUGGCUAGCAUUGUGCACUUACAUAACUAGUUUUCAUCCAAUAGAUGGAAUUAAUUAAUCAUUCAUAAAACUGUAAACAGUUUUAUUAUUUUAGACAUUUAGUGCAAAAUGAAUUUUUCACUGACCAAUUUAAUAAUAAUAAGAAAUGGAUAUUGUGUUGCCCUUUAUUUUUCAACGUAGAUGUUCUUGAUUUUCUGAAUCUUUGCUGUUUAGUUAAGUAUCAUAGCAUUGACCUAGUCAUGGGAUUUUAAGUGUCAGAGAAAUUACCCCUAUGCAUGAGGGCUGAAUAUUUUGAGGGGAGUUGCUGUUCCAUGAUGGUAGCAUCCUAAAAUAAAUGAUAUAUUAUAUGUAAGAAACAAUAUGUAUAUCCAUUUAUUGUUUUAAUCUGGUUUGUAACUUGUAUUCAUGAAACUAUUUUUUUGCUAAUUACGCAGUUGCACAGGGCAAUGCAAGGGAAGCAGUUACAUUGCCUUUGUUCUGUUAAAGUGCUUCUAGAAGCUGUUAGCCGUCCUUGACUAUCUCUAACUGAAAGAUCUUUCUUUGCAAUGCUGUUCUCUAGCGUUAUUUUUUGUUUCUUUUUUAAGGUUGUCAAAUAUUACGUGAUCUUGCAUUUAUAUAUUGUAUAUAGUUUGAAACAUUUUUCAUAUUGUGUAGAAAUUUUAAUUUUUUUCCCCUUGUUGAAUACAGAGAUGGAUGAUGGAACUUGUAUAAAGUUUGUUACAUGUUAUUUAAAUACAUUGUAUGUGUUUAUUUUUCACUUUGUA